UGCAGCGUUAGCAUGCUACAGCACUAGCCCAGAUUUGCUGGAGAUUUUUGGAUGACGCGGCGGCAAAUUUCUUUAACUGUUUAGUGCUGGGUUACUUUGGGCUAACGCUGCCGCUGCUUGACACAGCUGAGAGCAGAUAAGAAGCAGCCAGACUCAUGUCCCGAGAUUUGGGUGUGAUCAACUAGAGACACAAUGUCUCUCUUGCUGAUAUCCUUCUUUAUAAUCUUUCUGUUGGCUAUUGGGUUGCUGUGUGCCAUUUUCAGGUGGCUCAUAUGCACGCUCGCUGUGCGAUUCUUCCAGAAUGCCCUCAAUGCUGAUCUGAAGAUUAAAUCAGUAGGGCUGUUUUCUGUCCAGGGAGUCAGUAUCCAGUUUCACCCCCAGCAUACUUUGGAAAUUGACAGAAUAUGGAUUUCGAGUAAACUUCUAAACCAGGAUUUACCGAGAUACCUGGCUAUGUGUGUUGGAGAAACCAGAGUCAGGUUUGACUUGCAAGCACCACUGAAACCUUUGGUGAACCGGAGCCAUGGAAAAAAGUCAGCCAAGUUUUCUGUCAGCCCCAAAACACUUCGAUUCCUGUCACAACUGCUGUCAUUCCACAUCAGCUCCAUCAAUGUGAUGGUACUAAACCUCGCACUGUCAGAGUCCCUAUGGCAUAUGACCAUCGCCGGUAUCACCUUGUUACUUGACCACCAGAGUAAAAGGUUGGCUUGGGACUUCUCAGUUGGGCAGCUAAGCAGUAAAGUGCUCAAAAGCAAUGAACUGGAUAUAUGUUUGGCUGAAGUGGCCCUGAGCCUGUUGCUGUCUGGAGAUGUGAGCUUACCAGAGAUGAAGCCAGGUUGUCUGUCCCUGAGUGUGAGGACUCUAAUGGCAGAGCUUCAUGAGGGGCUGUUCCUCAGUCAGCUCCAGCUGCCAACAGUUUCCCACAAAGAGAAAGAUCAUGGUGCACUUGAGUGUGAAAAUGAUGAAUUUAUCCAGACUGAGACCGUGGAACGCUUUCAUCAGCUGAUUCCUCACAAGGUCAAUGUGGAAUUUGAUAACACAAAUGUAACCCUGUCGAUGCACAGCCAGAAACGACACCUUAACUGGACUCUAAAGUCUUUAAAAGUCUGCUACGGACAUGACAACGAGCAGCUUCCUCUUAAAAGCUUCACUCCUGAGCUGAGCUUUCCCCAGAGCAGCCUGGAGCUCCUUCUUGAGGAUGGACUUCUGUUGUCUCAAAGUAGGCAAAGAAUUCUUUGUGUGAACACAAUCAAGACAACCCUGCAGGUUACAUCAAUGGACAUCUCAGGGUCAUUUGUGGUCAACACUUGCAUCAUUCACUACCGUCAUCAGGAGUUCUCCCAUUGGCUAAAUCUAUUUCCAUGGGAACAGCUAGUCCACAGGAAGGAAGCACACAGAAAAAGGCGCCUCCCUCACCUGGAUGCUCCCGUGAUGAUCACCUCCUCUGUGUCCAAUGUCAACGUGUCCGUUCAGCUGGGAGACACCACACCUUUUGCUCUGGGCUUCCUCUCUGCAAAUGGAGAACUGCAGCAUAUCCUUGACAUUGAGGUUGAGAAUGAGAGCCCAGAGUCCCAGAAUAUGCACCAGCGUGCCUCGCUUUCUCUGGACAACUUCUGGUGGAGAGUGGGUCAGGGGUCUCAUAUCCAGCAGGCACCCCACCCUCCUGGUAAACAUGUAUGGGGAGAAGCACUAAUUCUAGACUCACUCAGCCUACAGGGGAGUUUGAACCGACGCCACAUGGAGUCGAGCAGCCAGCCGCCGAGUCUGAGCGUGGAGUCCAGCCUGAAAGGGCUUCAAGUGGAGCUUUCAGAGACCUGUGCACUGUGUCUGUCUCGCCUGUUGUCCCUCAUGUGCUUUCCACGUGACCCAGAGUCACAACUGUCAGAUGUGACUGCAGCAUCUCCCUCUAAUGACGACGCUGUAAAACCCAUUCCCUCCUCACAGCUACGCCUGCUUUUUAAAGUGGACUGCUGUCUGGAGGACGUUAAUGUCUUCACACUCUCUAAUAUGGCAGGAGCUGUGUCUCUUCGGAUGGAUACUGUUAGAGUCCUGAGCUCUGCUGAGAGCUCCAGGGUAUCUCUGCAGGGGGUGAGCUUGUCUGUGAUCAAGGCAGUCACAGAGAACAUGGAAGUAUGUUGCCCCGCCUCUCAAACUAUCAACCCUAUAGUAAAACUCACCACAUUAACCUUGUGGUACCACAUCACCACCCACACCGUACAGGUUCAAUGUGAAGAGGAGCUUACUGUGGAAUGGACACCGCCAGACCACAUGGUCUUAUAUCAGCACACGAAUGAAGCUCAGGCUUGUUGGUUAAUGCUGUGUGGAGAGAAAGGAGAGGAACAGCCAGUCAAACCAGUGGACAGUGAAGCUUCCUCGUAUCAGAGUAGACGGUUGUGUUUGCGUGUUGAAUUGGGCUGUACUCGUUUAACUGCACAUGUUAGUGACCAUAACUAUAUUCUGCUGCAUACAGAAGGACUCUCACUCUCAAAGCAUGCUGAGUCCAUGCAUAUACGCUCUCCUUCACUGGUCUUCAACUUUGACGGCAACAAUAUAGUCUCCUUUAACAGCCUAGAUGUGGAGACGCAUGUAGAACUGACUGAGAUGCAGCUGCAUAGAGACGCUUUCCCCUUCCUCACCACUCCUCACAAUUGUGUCUGGGUCUUCACAUGUCCUUCCUUAGCGGUGGAGUUUCCCUAUCAGUACAAUUUCUCAAAUACCUUUGACAAAGCUAUUAGUGUGCAAAAGUGGCUGAAAACUCUCCAUCGCUCCUCAAAGCAGGCCCCGGCAGCCCAACGUUUGCCUCCUGACCUCGUCUUCAAAAUCAGCCAGUUCUCCUUUGUCUUCCUGGAUGAUGUCUUUGAAAUCAAGCUGCGAGACAACUAUGAGCUGAUGAAGGAUGAGAGUAAAGAAAGUGCAAAGCGACUGCAGCUUCUGGAUAAGAAGGUGGCAGAUCUGCGGAAGCAGCACGGAGAACUUCUGCCUGCAAGAAAGAUAGAAGAGCUGUAUAGUUCUCUGGAGAAAAAGCAUAUAGAGAUCUACAUCCAGCGCUCACGCCGUCUCUAUGCAAACACACCCAUGAGGAAGUCGCUGCUCACCUGGACUGUGUCAGACUUGGAACUAGUGGCCCUUGCUGAUCAGUCUCUUGAUGGCCCUGAGAGGGUCAGAGAACAGCUCAGGGACAUCGACGGCAUCAGUCCGUUCCCUAGAGAUGGGCUCCCGCUGGUCAUCCAAUGGUGCCGUGCAGUCAAGUUUAAGCUGGCUGCUUUUUUGGUGAGAAUUCGGGACUACCCUCGUUACCUGUUUGAGAUCCGUGACUGGGAGCUGUCGGGGCGUCUCAUUGGAACAGAGCAGGAUGGACAGGCGAGAGGUCGACGCAAAGAGACUGUCCCACUUGGUCCACCAUGGGGAGAUGUAACAGUCCACAGGAAUAUGCCCCCACUCAAGUUCUACUACGAUUUCAAAUCUAACAUCUCUCUGUACACUAUUGUUUGGGGACCGUGUUGGGACCCUGCCUGGACUUUGAUUGGGCAGUCAGUUGACCUUCUGACCAAACCCACAGUUGAUCCCUCUCCUCUUCUGGCCUGGUGGGACAAAAGUCGUCUCCUUCUGCACGGGCGCUGGGUCAUGGACAUUGAUCAGGCCAAUCUGCAUCAGCUAGCUACAGAGGACCCAUAUAAUACCACUGAAAACUUGCACUGGGAAUGGAAUAAGCUGAACUUUGACUGGAACCCCGGCCAGUUUGUUUUUAAAGGGGACCUGGAUGUAAAUGUCAGGACCGCAUCAAAGUAUGAUGAUAUCUGUUUUCUACACCUACCCAACCUGUGUAUGACCCUUGACCUUCAAUGGCUUUGCCAUGGCAACCCCCAUGACCACUAUGCUGUAAUGCUUUGCUGUGCGGAGAACAUUGCAGACGUGACCUCAGGACAGCCUCAUGACUCUUACAGAGCAUUUCGCUCUGAGAACCUCAACCUCUCCAUCACCAUGGACCUUAACCAGCAUUGUGGCACAGAAACUUCCCAGCCCAGAAUUCUCCUGUACAGCAGCACGCUGCGCUGGAUGCAAAAUUUCUGGGCCACUUGGACGAGUGUAUCUCGGCCAAUCUGCAGAGGCAAGCUCUUCCACAGCCUCAAGCCGAUCCGCAAGAAGCUCGGUCAGCACUACAAGCAGAUGUCCUACACAGCUGCCUUCCCACAACUACAAGUGCAUUACUGGGCCUCCUUUGCCCAGCAGAGAGGUAUCCAAUUGGAGUGCAACAAAGGCCAUGUCUUCACUCGGGGCACACAAAGACUUAUUCCACAGGCUGGCACUGUGAUGAGGAGGCUGAUCUCUGAAUGGAAUGUGACUCAGAUGGUUAGUGAGCUCUCUCAGGUGACAGUCCACCUGAUGGCUUCCACCUGGGAUGAGACUGCUGACCACCAGAUCAACGCUCAGGUGAAGAAGACCCACCUACUCAGCCUGUCAUCCCUUAGCUACCAGCGACAGAGCAACCGCAUGGAAGAGGAGGCGAAUCCAAAGGAUGAAACUAAUGCCUCUUAUACACACAAAUUGCAUCUGGUAGAUCUACGUGCUUCCUGGACUACCACAAACAGAAACAUAGCCUUUGGGCUGUAUGAUGGCUACAAAAAGGCGUCUGUGCUGAAGAGAAAUCUCUCCACUGAAGCUUUGAAGGGUCUAAGAAUCGACACGCAGCUGCAGACGAAAAAGUUCAAACGCUCUCCUACCAGCUACUCUCCCACCAUAGCUCCAACCAUACCAGUUGUUGCCUCUGUCAACCGAUCGGAAAAAAGUCAGAAUGAAGGUACAUCGAUGCUUCAGAAGUUGAUUGAGGAAACAGACAAGUUUGUAGUGUUUUCAGAGGAGGAUUCAGGAGUCAGCGACCAGUUGUGUGGCAUCGCAGCCUGUCAGACUGAUGAUGUAUAUAACCGCAACUGGUUUAUUGAGUUGGUCAACUGUCAGAUGAUGCUGCGUGGCACAGAGACUGCAGGCUGUGUGCUGGUGUCUGCAGCAAAGGCUCAGCUGCUGCAGUGUGAGCACCACCCUGCCUGGUACAAUGACACCUUGAAGCAGAAGACCACCUGGACUUGUCUGCUGGAUGGCAUGCAGUACUUUGCCACCAUGGAGCCCAACCCAUCUGAACAAGAGGACAGGCAGUUGUGGCUGGAGGUGAAAAACAUCGAGGAGCAUCGACAGCGUAACCUGGACUCGGUGCUGGAGCUGAUGGAAAGUGGCCAAGCUGUGGGAGGAAUGGUUAGCACUACAACAGACUGGAACCAGCCCGCACAGGUGAAUGAGUCUCAGCAGGUGCAGCGCAUCAUCUCACGCUGUAGCUGCCGGAUGCACUACAUCAGUUACAGUCAUGACAUCAACCCAGAGCUGGCCACUCAGAUCAAACCACCAGAGCUGAGGAACAACCACGAGAAGGAAGACCUGCUGAAAAAACAAGCUGGUGCUGUGGACACCUUCACUCUCAUUCACCAUGACCUUGAGAUAUCCACUAACCCCGUUCAGUAUGCUAUGAUUCUGGACAUUGUCAACAACCUGCUCUUACAUGUGGAGCCCAGACGCAAGGAGCACAGUGAGAAAAAGCAGCGAGUGCGUUUCCAGCUGGAGAUUUCCAGUAACCCUGAGGAGCAGCGCAGCAGCAUCUUGCAUCUCCAGGAGGCUGUUAGGCAACACCUUGCGCAAAUUAGACGCCUUGAGAAACAGAUUUACUCCAACAUCAGGGCACAACCCGAGGAACUGAGUGGCGACGAACUGAUGGAGGUCAACGCACGACUGCAGCACCAGCUGAACCAGGAGAAGAACGACAUGCAGAUGAAGAGUGAAGAGCUCAACAUCCUCAUCAGGUGUUUUAAGGAUUUCCAGCUGCAGCGGGCAAACAAGCUCGAGCUGCGUAAACCUCCCGAGGAUGUGAGUGUAGUGAGGAGAACGGAGAUAUACUUUGCUCAGGCCCGCUGGUGCUUGACAGAAGAGGACGGACAGCUUGGUAUCGCUGAGCUGGAGCUGCAGAGAUUCAUGUACAGCAAGCUGAACAAGUCUGAUGACACAGCAGAACAUCUUUUGGAGCUUGGAUGGUUCACAAUGAACAACCUGCUACCGAACGCGGCGUACAAGGUCGUACUUCGUCCUCAGAGCAACUGCCAGUCUGGACGUCAGUUUGCUUUGCGUAUCUUCAGCAAAGUGCGCCCCCCUGUGGGAGGGAUCUCUGUGAAGGAACACUUUGAGGUGAAUGUGGUACCUCUCACCAUCCAGCUGAUGUACCAGUUCUUCAAACGAAUGAUGGGGUUUUUCUUCCCAGGAAGAAAUGUCGAAGAGGAGGAGGUCACUGAUGAGGAAGACAAAUUUAGGCUGGUUACUACUGGUAUCCCUGUCAAACCUCGGCCAUUGUCAGAGGACACCAUGGGUCCUAUGGGGCCCAGCAAAGGUGUCACCCAGGGACUGAACCGCACCGCCGGGGUCAGGAGGUCAUUCAGGAAAGCUCCAGAGCAUCCCGUCGACGACAUUGAUAAGAUGAAGGAACGAGCUGCAAUGAACAACUCGUUCAUCUACAUCAAGAUUCCCCAAGUGCCCCUCUGUGUCAGCUAUAAGGGUGAAAAGAGCAGUGUGGACUGGAAGGACUUGAAUCUGGUUCUGCCUUGUUUGGAGUACCAUAACAAUACAUGGACAUGGCUCGACUUUGCCAUGGCUGUGAAAAGGGACAGCCGAAAAGCACUUGUAGCGCAGAUGAUAAAGGAGAAGCUUCGUCUGAAGCCAGCUUCGGGCUCCGACCUGCGGGGGAAGGCGUCUGAAGGGAAGGCAGACAACAGCCUACAGCAGCAGGAAGAAGACGAGAAGGCACGGCUCCUCAUCGGCCUCAGCACUGCAGACAAAAGCUCCGGCAAGAAGAGCAUCUUCAGACGACACAAGUGACGCUCGGAAGGGAUCGGAUGAUCCGCUACAGCAUCUGCAGGGAAAAAAAGCCCAGAAUAUCACUCUGGCUUUGUGAAUCAAGAAGAAAAAGAGUCAUGAUGAAGCAUUUCAGAUGGAUUUAGGGUAUAUCUUACUGUAUCACAUGAGCCUGCUGAAUUUUUUUUUUUUUUUUUUUUUUUUUACUGUUACUCCUGGGUUGUCUCCAGAUUUGAAUCCCUACAGGGAAUCUCAAGCAGCUCCAGGAUUACCAGGGUGCCAUUUUGACCAAAUAUAAAUGAUCCUGGUUGUUUGUGUGCCAUUUAAAAACUUAAGUCUGUUUGUCAUAAACUCUGCAACUUUGGAAAUAACAACCGCUUUGGUUGCAUUAAAUGUAGCGAGGAAGGUUUACAGUAUGUAGCUGGCACUUCACUGUUGCUGCUUCCUCAGCUUCAAAUCCCAGACUGACAGACCACUUCCUGCUGGCUCAGGAACACAGUGUUUAUCACAGUCUUACUCUGCUAGAAGAAAUGACACUUAACUGAAGCACCUGUCAGCUGUAAAAAUCUGAUCAUAGAAUAUGUUUUAUCAAUUAAAGCUUAAAGAAAUUGAUCGGGGCUGUAUGACUGUCUCUGACAGGAAGGCCUUUUUCCCCACAGAAGAUGCUAUUUUAAAUUUUCCUUGUAAACGAUGACCUGCUUCCCCUCAGCUCACUGUUUGUUUUUUUGUUUGUUUUUUUUUCUGUACCUCACCACAGUGCAAUACGACAAGAUCAGAGCAACAAAAACAUGUUUUCUAAAAUGUGGCACUUGGUCCGAUGGUAUUGUUGCAAAAACUGCUGAGUGUAUGUUUUGUAAUUUGAACACUAAAGCACUUUUUAUGCAAAGGAUUUUGAUAUUUUUGUAACCACAGUUGUUUUCCCGUUGAGUUGUUUGUACAGCUGUGAAGCUAAAUCCUGAUGUUUGUCACAUUUCAUAUCAGCCCUGCGCAUUUCAGUUAAAAGGAUCUCACCCAGGCGGAUUUUUAUCAGCAUAUCUGUCAAUAAAAGUGUUAUUAGUC